CCCACCCCCAAACCCGCAGUAUAGCACGCUAAGCCCCAGUGUUUUCUGGCACUGUGGCACGACUGGGCAUCAACAAACAUGGCAGCGCCGACGAAGGAAAGCGGAGCCCGCGUCGUGGACCUGCGAAGCGACACCCUGACGCAGCCUUCCCCGGCCAUGAAGGAGGCGAUGAUGGCGGCGCCGCUCGGGGACGACGUGUUCGGCGAGGACCCGACCGUCAUCGCCCUGCAGGAGAAAGUGGCGAAGUUGCUUGAGAAAGAGGCUGCUCUGUUCGUCCCGACGGGCACGAUGGGGAACCUUAUCUGCGUGCUGAAUCACUGUCGAAACCGCAGUAGCGAAGUAUUGCUCGGUAACCUGAGUCAUAUCCAUGUCUCUGAACAAGGAGGUGUAUCCCAGCUGGGUGGUGUGCAUCCUCGGACUUUAAGAAAUCUCUCAGAUGGAACCUUCUGCUUGGAAGAACUCCGACAGCUGGUUCGCGGAGACAAGCUACAGUGGCCUGUGACGUCACUGGUCUGCGUGGAGAACACCCACAACAUGGCUGGCGGAAGGGUGCUGCCCCUCGGCUGGCUGGACGAGUUGGGCGCCACAUGCCGGGCACUGAGGCUUCCAGUGCACAUGGACGGGGCCAGACUGAUGAACGCCGCGGCGGCGCUGGAGGUGCCCCCGGCGAGGCUGGUGCAAGACUGCGCCUCCGUCUCCGUCUGCCUCAGCAAGGGCCUCGGGGCGCCGGUCGGCUCCGUGAUCGCGGGGACCAAGGACUUCAUUCGUGGGGCCCUCCGCUUGCGAAAGGUCUUCGGCGGAGGCAUGCGGCAGGCGGGGGUGCUCGCGGCCGCGGGAAUCUACGCCCUGGACCACGUGAUGCCCGCCCUCGCAAGGGACCACGCCCUCGUCCGGACCAUCGCUCGGGCCAUUAAUACCCUCGGGAGCAAAGUCAUCAAGGUAGACCUUGAGGGCGUCCAGACCAACAUUUUGCACCUCGAGUGUGACCUCAAACACGUCAGGCCCGAGCAGGUGUGCAGGCGACUGAUGGAGGUCAAGAAAGACGAAGCAGCAGCGAUUGGAGAAGAGGUCGUAUUACGGGCACAACCCAUGACGGCGUCUGCAGUCCGCCUGGUCGUCCACUGCGACAUCACGCCUGAAGACAUUCCGCUUGUGACUAAGAAAUUGGUUUACGUCAUCAGAGAAUUCGAGACUGAGUGAAAUUUCCAUUGUUAUUCACUGAGACAUCCGGUGUCAUGAAUAGGACAUGGUAACGUGAAUAGAGAUUUCGAGAAUGAGUGAAAUGUGUGCACAUUUGUAUUUAAAGAAAUCAUUAUUAUAUAAGAAAAUAUACUGUUGCAUUG